GUUAAUUGCCCGGAAUAUCUUGUUCAUUUUCCGGUCCUCCAGAAAUUGUUGUCCGAUUGUGGAAUGGAAUUGGUGUACAAGAAAAGAUUUCCGGAUGCCUUCGACUAUUAUUUGGGUGAGAGAAAUGGACAAGGGCUGCUGCAACGAAUGCAGGCACUGGAAACAUAUCCACCAGUUGAUGGGGCUAAGUUAAUGGGCUCACCAGAUAGUUAUGAAAUACCGGAGAAAAAGCGAGCAAAAAUUUUAGUUGGACGACCAGACGAAGGAUGUGGUGCAGUGGGAACGUUAUCGAAAGGUGAGUGGGAAGUUGCAGCAAUGUAUCUUGUCUUCGCUUUUCGACGGAAGAAAAUGGGAAAUGGUUGA